ACCAUCUCGAAUCUUGAGCACCGUCUAUGGAUUCCGUCCUAGGUUAUUAAAGUAGAAGUUCACAACUCGUAAUGAUUCAUUAACGUUUUUAAUAAACGAGAGAAUUUUAUAUAAGAGAGAGAGUGGAUUUAGUGGAUUCGCAUGGUUCUAUGCUUUUUACAAUGGGUCGAAAAAACAAUUAUUAAAGAGAAGAAGAAGAGAAUUUAGUGCUGACAUUUACUGACGUUAAUUAAGAAAAUAGAGCUUCAAUUAUAGAAAAGAGUGAUACUUCACCAUUAAAGUAUCUCACAACACAUGAGAGAAUUGAGAAAAUAGAAAUGUAUAAUUGAAAACUUGAUAGUUUCUAUCAGUUUCUAUUUACCGGAAAUCUUAGUUGGUUAUGUUACUUGUCCGAAAAGAAAGACUGAUAUUACGCAUGUACUAAACCAACAUACGACUUCUUGUCGAUAUAUGAAAAGAAGCGGCACGUCUGACGUGAAAAAUAUACGAUUUUGAACUAUUGUUAAAUAUAUAAAAGAACAUAACGGUUAUAUUCAGUGAUCAGUCGGUGCAAAAUUUUUAUUAAUUUAUCGUGACAAGCCACAUUUUUUUACCACAUUAAACAUAGAUGCCAUGGGUUUUGAAGACGAAAGAAGUGAUUCAGACGAAGAACAUGAUAAGUUCAGAAGCAGUACUCCAAAUUCGCAAAAAUCAGGUAGCAAUGCAGCAAGAAACGGAUCACAUUCUGCUAGUCCAAAAUCUUCACCUGCCAGGUCAAAUCAAUCGUCCCUGAUGCAAAAUCGAUCACCAGCUUCUGUCCGUUCCAAUGCAAGUUCUAGAAAGUCUUAUUCUAGAUCAUCAUCCAGAUCACCUUCACCGAAUGGAUCUAUCUCACCAAUGAAUAAUAAAAGAAGUAUAUCUAGAUCACGUUCUAAAUCCUAUUCUCCAGAACAUAUAGAGACAAGUGCAAGAGAUGGCUCACAAUCACCACCGGUGCAUUUACAUCGGUCUAUUAAAUCUGGCUCGAGAUCUCGAAGCUCCUCUCACUCUUCGUCUAAAAGUUCUCGUGCAGCAUCAAGAAAUAUUUUUUCUUGUUCACGUUCUAGAUCAAGAUCAAAUUCCCCGAAGUCAAAUAAUACUCCAUCUAAAUGUAUAUCUCCAAAGGCAAACUUUCAGACUUCUAAAUCUCCUUCGCUGCGGACAAUUUCUAAAUCGCGAUCUUGUUCAAAAUCUCUGUCUCGAUCCCGUUCUGGUUCUCCAAAAACAUCGGUACAUUCACAUUCCCGAUCGGGAACUCCCAAGUCUUUCCAAUCAAGAUCUAGAUCAAGAUCAAGGUCAGGAUCAGCAAAUCCCAAACAAGUCAAAGCUAGUUCAAGAUCAAGAUCUCUAUCUGGAUCCAAGAAAGAUUCUCGUUCGCCUUCAAUAUCGCCAAAUCGAUCUCCAGUGACAGCGAGGCAAUCAAGAUCAAGGUCAAAAUCACGUUCUGUGAAUAGCUCUAGAAAAGGUUCUCCAGAUUUAGGGAAAAGCCCUCGAUUUAGAUCUCAUUCCAAUUCGGCAGAUAGAAAGUCCAAGUCAAGAUCUAGAUCAAGGUCCGGAUCUAGGAAACAAUCAAAAUCACCAUCGCGAGAACGGGCUUUAUCACAUUCAAAAUAUAAAUCGAAAUCUAGAUCCUUAUCGAGUUCAAGAAAAGGCUCGCGUUCACGAUCGCGAUCAAGAUCGCAAAAAUCUGGAUCUAGAGGAAAAUCAGGGUCUGUAUCGGGUUCACGUAAAGGUUCCGUAUCUCCUACACAUUCAAGGAAGAAUUCUCGUUCAAGGUCCAGAUCCAGUUCGCGAUCCCGUUCUGUUUCAAGAGCUUCGCGAUCAAGAUCUCGUUCUGAAUCCAGGAAAUCAGUAUCGAGGUCGAGAUCGCGAUCUCGUUCAAGGUCAAAAUCUGGCUCAAGAUCACGUUCAGACUCACAUUCAGGUUCAAGAUCGGGGUCAAGAUCCAGAUCAAGAUCGAGAUCGAGAUCGAAGUUACGCUCACGAUCAAGAUCGAGAUCAAGGUCUGGCUCGAGCAUCAGAUCUAGACAUUCAUCACGUUCUAAAUCUAGAUCUAGAUCGAGAUCGAGAUCCAUCUCCGGAUCUAGAAAAUCCAGAAGUCCUAGCCGAGAUUCAGAUGAAGUAAUUAGAAAACGAAAUAAAGUAUUAUCAGAUUCUGAAGAAGAGACUGAUGAAGCUAAAGCAAAGAAACUAAUAAAAAAUGAUUUGUCGGAUUCCGAGCAUGAAGAUGAGAACGAAAGAAAAAAAGACGAUGAGAUACAUCAAGAGAAGGAAGAUGAAGAUGAGGCAAAUAAACAAUUAGAUGUAACAACUGUCCAUGAUCAACAGGAUAACGAAGAUUCUGACGAUGGAAUUAUUACUGGUAGUGGAAUGGAUGAUAUGCUGUCCGAUUUUGACCGUAUGUUAGCACGGAAAAAAGAGGAACAAUCUCGUAGACGUAAACGAAAGGACAUUGGUAUCAUUAAUGAUAACGAUGAUAUUAUAGCACAGUUAUUAUCGGAUAUGAAAGCUGCAGCUGAAGAAGACAGAAAAUUGAAUCAACAAAAUAAACCUGCUACAAAUAAGAUUGCCAUGUUAUCGAAAGUAUUGUCGCAACUGAAAAAGCAUGAUCUACAAUUGGCUUUCUUAGAACAUAACGUUCUGUCGGUCCUUACUGACUGGUUAGCACCAAUGCCUGACCGUUCGUUGCCAUCUCUUAAAAUCAGAGACAAUCUUCUAAAAUUGUUAUGGGAGUUUCCAAAAAUUGACCAAUCUUCGCUGAAGCAAUCCGGUAUUGGAAAGGCUGUGAUGUAUCUUUAUAAGCACCCAAAAGAAACGAAAGAGAACAAGGAACGCGCUGGAAAGUUGAUUAAUGAGUGGGCCCGACCUAUUUUUAAUUUAUCGGCGGAUUUUAAGGCGCUUUCGAAAGAAGAGAGGAUGCAGAGGGACUUGGAACAGACACCUCAAAAAAGAAGAAAAAUUGAGGACGGAGGAUCCUCUCAAAAAUCACAGGAUAUUAAUAAGGCUUUGAAAGGAGAUUCCAAACCAUUGAGACCGGGAGAUCCUGGAUGGGUGGGAAGGGCUAGAGUUCCUAGGCCAUCUAAUAAAGAUUAUGUCAUACGACCUGACUGGAAAUCAGAUGUUGAUAUUAGUAGGAGUACCAAGAAACAAAUGAGCCGAUUUGAAAGACACAUGAAGAACUACAUGGACAGUAAACGUAUGAAAUCAGCAAGAAGAGCAGUAGAUAUAUCUAUAGAGGGUCGUAAAAUGUCUUUGUAAUAUCAUAGUUCUUAUGCUUUAUACAAGGCUGGAAUAAAUCUGUGGCAAUACCUCCUGAUGAUUGCGCAGGAAAAGAUUUGAUUUAGUUCUCAUGUAAAUCUCGGAUAAAUUAAAGACAAGUUGCAAAACACAAAGUUGUUUGUUCUCUUUCUAAUAAUUGGUAUUACAUAUUUAUUUGCAAAUGAA